AUGGCAGAGGAACAACAACAGCCGCCGCCACCACAGCCGCCUGAUGCCCCUCAGCAGCUUUCCCCCAGCGCCCCCCACCCGGGGGUGGCCCUGCCAGCCCUGGUGCCCGGGCUGCCAGGGACAGAGGCCAGCGCGCUGCAACACAAGAUCAAGAACUCCAUCUGCAAAACUGUGCAAUCUAAAGUGGACUGCAUCUUGCAAGAAGUUGAGAAGUUUACAGACAUAGAGAAACUCUACCUCUACCUUCAACUGCCUUCUGGUCUCAGCAAUGGAGAGAAAAGUGAUCAGAAUGCCAUGUCAUCCAGUCGGGCACAACAAAUGCAUGCCUUUUCCUGGAUUCGGAAUACCUUAGAGGAACAUCCGGAGACGUCCCUGCCCAAACAGGAAGUCUAUGACGAGUACAAGAGCUAUUGUGACAAUCUUGGUUACCACCCAUUAAGUGCUGCUGACUUCGGGAAGAUAAUGAAGAAUGUCUUUCCAAAUAUGAAGGCACGGCGCCUGGGCACGAGAGGCAAAUCGAAAUAUUGCUACAGUGGAUUAAGAAAAAAAGCUCUUGUGCAUAUGCCGACACUGCCCAACCUUGACUUCCACAAAACUGGAGAUGGGUUGGAAGGAGUUGAACCUUCUGGGCAGCUUCAAAAUAUUGAUGAAGAAGUUAUCUCUUCUGCUUGCCGUCUUGUGUGUGAAUGGGCCCAGAAAGUCUUAAGCCAACCAUUUGACACAGUGUUGGAAUUAGCCCGCUUCCUUGUAAAAAGUCACUAUAUAGGCACCAAGUCAAUGGCAGCUCUAACUGUAAUGGCAGCAGCACCAGCAGGUAUUAAAGGAAUUGCCCAGCCUUCUGCAUUUAUACCUACAGCUGAAAGUAAUUCCUUUCAGCCUCAAGUGAAGACUUUGCCAUCUCCGAUUGAUGCUAAACAACAAUUGCAACGGAAAAUCCAAAAGAAGCAACAAGAGCAGAAACUGCAGUCCCCUCUGCCAGGAGAAGCCUCAGCGAACAAGUCAGAAAGUGCAGCAAGCAAUGGAGUCGCUAAUCUUUCUAAUGGCAGCCCUGCAAUCCUUUCUCCUCAGCCUAUCGGUAUCGUCGUAGCAGCUGUCCCUAGUCCCAUCCCGGUCCAGAGGACCAGGCAGUUGGUAACCUCCCCAGGUCCAGUGAGUUCUUCUGAUGGCAAAGUUCUUCCUCUCAAUGUGCAGGUGGUCACUCAGCACAUGCAGUCUGUGAAACAGGCACCAAAGACUCCUCAGAACGUGCCAGCCAGUCCUGGUGGGGAUCGUUCUGCCCGGCACCGGUACCCUCAGAUCUUACCCAAACCAGCCAACAGCAGUGCGCUCACCAUCCGCUCUCCAACGACUGUCCUCUUUACUAGCAGCCCCAUCAAGACUGCUGUCGUCCCUGCUUCCCACGUGAGUUCUCUGAAUGUGGUGAAGAUGACAGCGAUAUCCCUGACCCCCAGCAACAGUAGUGCUCCUCUUAAACACUCUGCCUCCGUAAGCAGCGCUGCAGGAGCAACAGAAGAGUCGAGGACCAUUCCACAGAUCAAGAAUGGGUCUGUUGUUUCCCUUCAGUCUCCUGGGCCCAGGACCAGCAGUGCUGGGGGGACAUCUGCUGUGGAAGUCAAAAUGGAACCUGAAACAUUGUCAGAUGAGCAGCCUGUACAGUGCCAAGACAACGCUGAUGGGGCUAAAGCUCCCAAAACAACACCUAGUGCCCUUCUAGGGCAGAAAAGUCACGCAGACGGAGUAGUGCAAAAACCUUCAAAUGAAGGAAUCAGUGAAGUAAAAGCAACUAAGGUCUGUGACCAGAGGACCAAAUGUAAAAGUCGUAAUGAAAUUCUGCCGGGCACUUCAACGGGCAAUAAUCAAAGCACUGUCACUCUCUCAGUUGCCACUCAGAGCUUAACUUUCACCAGCACCAGCUCACCAUCUAAUGGUGACUCAAUAAAUAAGGACCCUAAAUUAUGCACUAAAAGUCCACGAAAGCGACUAUCUUCAACAUUACAAGAGUCCCAGGUGCCUCCUGUAAAGAAACCAAUUGUGGAACAGCUUUCUGUGGUUAUCAUUGAAGGUCAGAAACCAGACAGUGUUACAAAGGACCAAAAGGUUCCACAUUCAGGGAAAACAGAAAGUUCAACAGCUGGUGCUCAAAUCCCUAGCACAGUCUCAGUAAAUGUCAGCUCACAUGUAGUGGCAAGUCAACCCUUGAAUUCCUCUGCUCUUGUUCCCAGUGAUUCGGCUUUGGAACAGCCAACAACACCAUCAUCAUCUCCAGAUAUAAAAGUGAAACUUGAAGGAAGUGUCUUUCUCUUGGACAGUGAUUCCAAAUCAGAUGGCAGCUUUAAUCCAAACGAAUGGCAACAGGUCACUAAGGAUUCUGAGUUUAUCUCUGCCAACUGUGAACAACAGCAAGAUAUCGGCGCUAUGACAAUUUCUGAGCACCCUGAUAUCCACGAUUUAGAGAAAUCUGUUUGGGAAUUGGAAGGAAUGCCACAGGACACAUAUAGCCAGCAGCUACAUAGCCAGAUGCAAGACUCUUCUUUGAAUCCAAUACAAGCACAGUCUUCGGAUCAGUUACCGCUGCAGUCUGACUUGAAGGAAUUUGAGUCUUCUGUCCCUCAGACGAGUGAGAGCUACUUCCCGUUUGACGAUGAGCUAACCCAAGACAGUAUCGUGGAGGAGCUGGUGCUUAUGGAGCAGCAGAUGUCUAUGAACAGUUCUCAUGCUUACGGCAGCUGUUUGGGAAUGCCCCUGCAGAGUCAGUCAGUCACCCCAGGAGCCCCAAUGUCAUCACAGGCCUCUAGCGCCCACUUCUAUCAUCCAAUCCAUAGCAAUGGCACUCCAAUCCACACACCCACACCCACUCCUACCCCAACCCCGACCCCGACCCCAACUCCCACCCCAACGUCUGAAAUGAUUGCUGGGUCUCAGGGUCUAUCUCGGGAGAGCCCUUGCUCCAGGCUAGCCCAGACUACACCUGUGGACAGUGCUUUAGGAAGUAGCCGGCAUACACCCAUUGGUACUCCACAUUCUAACUGCAGCAGUAGUGUCCCUCCCAGCCCUGUUGAAUGCAGGAAUCCAUUUGCAUUUACCCCAAUAAGCUCUAGUAUGGCGUAUCAUGAUGCCAGCAUUGUCUCAAGUAGCCCUGUGAAGCCAAUGCAAAGACCCAUGGCCACCCACCCUGACAAAACCAAGCUUGAGUGGAUGAAUAAUGGGUACAGUGGGGUGGGUAAUUCAUCAGUUUCUAGCCAUGGCAUUCUCCCAAGCUAUCAGGAACUAGUAGAAGACCGUUUCAGGAAACCUCAUGCUUUUGCUGUGCCUGGGCAGUCUUAUCAGUCUCAAUCCAGAUAUCAUGACAGUCAUUUUGGCCGUUUGACUCCUGUCUCUCCUGUGCAGCAUCAAGGUGCCACUGUCAGUAACACCAGUAAACAGGAGGGUUUUGCAGUCCCUGCCCCUCUUGAUAAUAAAGGAACGAAUUCAUCUGCCAGCAGCAACUUCCGAUGCCGCAGUGUGAGCCCUGCUGUUCAUCGCCAACGAAAUCUUAGUGGAAGCACCCUCUAUCCAGUGUCUAAUAUCCCACGGUCUAACGUGGCCCCCUUUGGAAGCCCAGUAACCCCAGAAGUUCAGGUCUUCACAAGCGCUCACACAGACGCGUGUGCCAACAACAUAGCUCAAAGAAGUCAGUCCGUUCCAUUGACAGUCAUGAUGCAGACAGCCUUCCCGAAUGCGCUUCAGAAGCAAGCGAACAGUAAAAAGAUAACCAAUGUUUUGUUGAGCAAACUUGAUUCUGACAAUGAUGAUGCGGUGAGAGGAUUGGGAAUGAACAACCUGCCUUCCAAUUACACCGCCCGGAUGAAUCUCACUCAGAUUUUGGAAACUUCCACGGUUUUUCCUAGUGCCAACCCGCAGACUAUGAUCGAUUCCAGCACUUCUGUUUAUGAAUUCCAAACACCAUCUUACCUCACCAAAAGUAAUAGCACCGAUCAGAUCAGUUUUUCUCCUGGAGAUAAUCAAGCACAAUCAGAAAUUGGAGAGCAACAAUUAGAUUUCAAUAGCACUGUUAAAGACCUGUUGAGUGGAGACAGCUUGCAAACCAACCAGCAGCUGGUAGGUCAGGUAGCAUCUGAUCUCACCAAUACUGCAUCUGAUUUCUCUAACGAUAUCAGGUUGUCUUCUGAGCUCUCAGGCAGCAUCAAUGAUUUGAACACUUUAGAUCCAAAUCUACUGUUUGAUCCAGGUCGUCAGCAGGGACAAGAUGAUGAAGCUACACUGGAAGAAUUAAAGAAUGACCCCUUAUUUCAACAAAUUUGCAGUGAAUCCAUGAACUCCAUGACUUCAUCGGGCUUCGAAUGGAUAGAAAGCAAGGACCAUCCGACUGUUGAAAUGUUGGGUUAAAUUGUGUUUUAUAAUAUGUAGCACACUGUAUCUAAAGACAUACGUAUUGUCUUUGUCUUAAUGGAAGUGCCUCCGCAGCAGAAACACUUACUAUUAAUUGUGACAUUUUAAAAGCGUUUGCUGCACAAGUGGUUUCUUCUUCAGUAGGAAAUGGUUAGACUUGCCUCAGUUCUUAACAAGUUUCUGACGACAGUAGGCUGUAGAAGAGCCAGCAUUAGGUUUUCAAAUUUAUAAUGCCCCCCCAUUUAAUCACAUCGUUAGCUAGUGAACAAUGGACUAACCAGCUUUCGUGAGCGAUCUUAGAUCUUUUUAUUUUGUAUAAGUUCAUUUUAAUUCAUCUGUUGAUCUGCACCGAUUUUAGGAGGAACCAUUGAUUUUAGGUAUAGGCUAUUUUUUGUUGUUGUGGGUAUUUUAGGUAUGAAAUCAUAGCUGAAGUGAACUGUAUGUAGACAAGAAGGUCUUCCUUCAAACAGGGAUAAUAUUCAGGUUCUUAAGUAUUUAGGCUUGAAGCAUAAAGCUACUGUAGAGUGAAAAAUCUCUGUAGGACUUUCUGGGGCUUCAGUACCACGUAACCUACAAUGAAGGGCUUAAAUAGAAAAUAAUGGAAAAUUAAAUAUUUAAGGAAAGCAAAAGCUGCAUGGAAAAUUUUAAGAGGAAAAACUAGUAGCCACUGUAUAUGUGAUCUUGCACUAGGCUUAUUUUUAAAUGUUGGUUUUAGCUAACAGACACACCCAUGAAACAAAGAACUUCCAAGCUCAUUUAAAUAGAGUAAAUACAAGCAUGUUAGGAAAAUGUUUCCUGGUUUCUUAUUUGAUAGUUGAGAUAAGGGAAAUGAGAAGGAGAGUUCAAGUGUUUUCUUAGUUUUCAUCACUAUAGCUGCAUGCACAUAUUAAAAUUCUAUUUAAGGUUUCUCUUUAAAUUUUUAAUUAUAAUAUACUUUAGUAAUCUUCUGGGCCCUCUCCACCCCUCGAUUUAGUGACGGACUCCUUUGCUCCUCCUGAAUAUAACUAAUGCAGUUUGAUCAUGAAAAUCAAAGAAGCAGGAAGGAGUUAACAUAGAAAACUAAACAAAUAUUUACCACCCAAGGUCUGAAGCCACACAUCUUAUAUCUCUGCUAAAACAAAGGGGAUAUGGAUAGUACUUGAAGAAGAGGAGCAUUUUAUUACAUGCUUAAUUUAUUUAUUGUGAUAACCACAAUUGCAAAAGAAGCACUCAGGAUUUGUUUUUAAAUGUUCUCUUUAUGGCUCCCGUUUUGUUUUGUUUUUUGUUGUUGUUGUUGCUCUCAUUUUGUUUUAGAAAUAAUUAUAUAUGAAUUACAUGUAAACACAACUCUGCUCACUUGUUGACAGCUCCAUUUAGUGAGUUUUGAAAUCACUUUCAAAGAGAUUUUAAAAUUGUUGUUUGAGUCUUUAGAGCUAACAUUAAACCAUUGUUAUGCAACCUAGAACCUUGCUAAGCUUUCCUUGACCUUAAUUAAUCAGUCAAUCAGAAGACUACAAUCAAUGAAUAUUUAACAGAUGUGAUGAAGGGUUUAAUUUAAUAAGGUUUCAUUAUUCCAUAAAUUUGCAAGGUAGAGUAUCAACAUAUUUUGAUAAAUAAUUGGUGCUAGGGUUGGCUCAGAGAUUUAUAUAUUGAUAUGUCCUAGUUAUUGGCAUUUGUGUGUUUGCUGUUAUCUUGAUUUAAUCUGUUAGAUACCUACCUUUUUCUUGAUGCUAGUUAUUUCUUCACUGUACAUUGAGACACAGCACUACUGCACACCAAAGUAUGCAAUACCCAAAGGAAACUGUGAUUUCUCUUCACUCAUGAUGGGAGCCUUUCUAUCGGAGAUACUCUGAAACGGAGAUUUUGAGGCCAUUCUAAUCCCUUGUUUACAUUAUUAGCUUCCUACUAAUAUAAAAAUAAUGGAAAUCUUUUUUGAUAAAAAUAAUAAUAAUAAUAAAGACUGGGAGAUUUUUAACCCCCUGUACAGUAUUGCAGCAAACACUUUAAAUUUGGUUGAAUUCGUCCAACAAACUUUCUGGGGUUCAUAUAUUGCACUAAAUUUGUUGAACCUGUGGUAGGCACAUCUCUUAGGAUAAAUGCAACCAAUACAAUCCACAGAUUAAACUUUUUAAAUGUGUUUCAUUAUUAAAAGACAAAAUGUCAUCAAAGUGACAGAUUAAAUUGUCUUAUGUAGCAAUGUGCAUUGAUCUCAAUGAGAUAUUUCUAUUUCUUAUUCUCUUACAUGAGAAUAUUACAGCAGGAAGAAUUACGUUUAGUUUGCUUCACCAUGUUAAUACAUGAUCACAAAAUGUGCAUGAGUGUUAUUGACUUAUCUUGUACAGUACUAGGUAUUCCUGUAACCACUUUUUUUUCCCCUCCUUGGCUGUAUUGAAACUGGUUCAGUGUCAACCAGACAAGCAUAGUUAUUCACAAGUUUCUUUUUAUGUUUUACUAAUUCUACUUAGUUCUUAUUGACUAUGUUCUCUUCUCAGAUUAUUUUCGUUGUUCUGAUGUUUAAAACAUUUUGCGUCAUGUUCAUCAUGAUAAGACUUCAUGAAGUAAAUAAUUUUGCAUAUGAUUGCAGUAAGCACUGACUCUUUGAACUGAAAAGAAGGAAACGUGUUUUUUUGUGCAGUGCAUCUGAGGUUCAUCUAACAGUCUUGUACUAUAAUGUGCUUUACUACAUAAAUGACACAACCAAGCCCUGGUCCAUGUUUUCAUUGAGUGCAAAAAGUCAGAUUUCCCCCCUCCCUCCCCCCCUGGUGUUUUGUUGUUGUCUGUUGUUGUACCUGCUGAAACUACAGUAGUUGAAUAUUGCAGUAGCAUUUCAGUUCUCUUUUUUUAUUGAAAGUGCUCAAAAAUUGUUUUUUAAAUGUUUUCGAAACCAAUUAAAAGCAUUUUAUAUUAAA